GCCCUGGAUCCCUUUUACAUUCUCACCCCUCCACUCUCUACACUCUCACAUGUCACUCCCCCCACCCCGCCGAGCCAAAAAAGUUGAGUCAGCGACAGCGUUUUGCGCCUCGCCCCCUCGGGAUCCUCCUAUUAAUAACCCCGCCCCUCCCUCCCAAAUCCAAAGGGCAAGCCCCGCGAGGCAAGCGGAUUCACGCACGCGCGCCGCCAUCCGCCAUGGGUCUCCACGACGCGCCGAGCCGCGGCGGCGCCGGGGGCGGGAAGCUGUCGCUGCUCGCCAGCGUCGGCCUCGCCGGCGCCGGGGGCGGGGGGAGCGGCGGCGUGGGAGGAGGAGGCGGAGGAGGAGGAGGAGGAGGGGGUUACAAGGAGCUGCUCGUGAUGGCGCUCCCCAAGGACGACGACCUCGACGCCGGCAAGGUCGCCGACGUCCUCGGCUUCCGGCUGCCCGACGUGGAAGGGGCCGUGAGGGUAAGGAGCCCUCGCCCAUCCCUGCCUGCGUUUCUUGGUUGCUCGUGCGGCGAAAGGCCUUUUUUAGGAGUCGAGAGGUUAGAGAAUUUGCCAGUGGAGCAUUAGCUGGUGCUAUGUCUAAAGCUGUUCUUGCUCCUCUCGAGACUAUCAGGACAAGAAUGGUUGUAGGAGUAGGAUCUAGGCAUAUCGGUGGUAGCUUUGUAGAAAUCAUCGAACAAAAUGGAUGGCAAGGGCUUUGGGCAGGUAACACAAUCAACAUGAUCCGUAUUAUUCCAACUCAAGCAAUUGAGCUCGGAACAUUCGAGUGUGUCAAAAGGACAAUGGCGGAAGCGCAAGAGAAAUGGAAAGAAGAUGGAUGCCCAAAGAUACAAAUUGGUAAAGUGAAAAUUGAAUUUCCACUUCAAUUUUUAUCUCCUGUUGCUGUAGCUGGUGCAGCUGCUGGAAUAGCUGGCACAUUGGUGUGUCAUCCUCUUGAAGUCAUUAAGGAUCGCUUAACUAUUAACCGAGAAGUCUAUCCUAGUAUUAGCGUCACCUUCAGCAAGAUAUACCGAACUGAUGGAAUUCGUGGUCUCUAUGCUGGCCUCUGUCCAACACUAAUUGGGAUGCUUCCUUAUAGCACAUGCUAUUACUUUAUGUACGACACAAUCAAGACUUCUUACUGCCGCUUACAUAAGAAGACGUCUUUGACUCGGCCUGAGCUUCUAGUUAUUGGAGCUCUGUCAGGCCUGACCGCAAGCACAAUCAGCUUCCCGCUGGAGGUGGCGCGGAAGCGGCUCAUGGUGGGUGCCCUGCAAGGGAAGUGCCCACCCCACAUGAUCGCGGCCCUGGCAGAAGUGAUCCAGGAGGAGGGCCUCCCGGGGCUCUACCGCGGGUGGGGGGCCAGCUGCCUGAAGGUGAUGCCCAAUUCCGGCAUCACCUGGAUGUUCUACGAGGCCUGUAAGGACAUCCUUUUGGCGGACAAGGACAAGCGCAAAGCUUAAGGGGAAUGUGGCAUCGAGCAACUGCAACCUGACGCAUUGCAUAUUUGCAACGUAGAAAACAAUAAUGAGUUACAAGAUUCUUGUAUCGGUGGGAUUCCUGAUCUUUUCCCAGUUUUCGAGUCCCACCCUGGAUGACGCCGAAAAAGUGGCUAGAUAGGAGACGCUGUUCUUUUUUUUGGCUGGUGGCUGGGAGAGCAUGUGUUGUUUCUCGCUAAUUUGGAAUGCCUGAUUAAUUACAUGUUGUCUAAGUGUUAACCGUGGGGUUUACACACGAGAAUGGCUGAAAAUGUUGGCAUGUACCUCUACCUGAUCUUCAGGUGAAUACUAUCAAAUCCUGUGAAAUUUCUCUCAAA